AUGCCUCUGUGGCGGAUCUUUUCCCACCCAUCCACCUUCUCCUCUUCCCAGAGGGAGGGCAUCUCCAAGGCCAUCACUGAUCUCUUCGUCUCCUACGGUCUCCCGCCCUUCUACGUCGUUGUCCUAUUCAUCGAUGUGGACGAGAAGGGUUGUUUCGUGGGAGGCGAGUCGAAGAAGAAUUUUGUGAGAAUAGCGGUCGAGCAGAUUGCUAGAGUCAUGAUGGGGCCGGAGACGGAGUGGGGGAAGGCCAGGAGAAAAGCCUGGAUGGAUCGAAUCAAUGGGGUCCUGAAACCGUACAUCAUCGACAGGACGGAGCUGGAGUGGGAACUGCACAUCUAUGAGACGCCUCGUGAUCUCUGGAGAACCCAGGGUUUAGAUCCUCCGCCGCCAUUCUCGGAGGAGGAGAAGAUGUGGGCUGAGAAGAACAAGGCUAUCGCAUAUGAAGUCGAGAAGUCUUGA